AUGGAUAAUGGUCAGUUGAGUGGUGUUGUUUUCCUUGAUAUUAGAAAAGCUUUUGAUUCUAUUGAUCAUACAAUCUUAUUGCAAAAGAUGAAUGAUCAAUUUGGAAUAAAAAAUGUUGAACUGGAUUGGUUUAAGUCCUAUCUAACUAAUAGAGAGCAAGCAUGCAUUGUCAACGGUGCAAUGUCAUCACCUAAAACGAUUGUGUGCGGAGUUCCGCAGGGAUCAAUUCUUGGUCCCUUGCUGUUUUUAUUAUAUAUUAAUGAUUUACCCGAAUGCCUCGAAAAAACUUCGCCACACCUAUACGCUGAUGAUACUCAAAUUUCUACUUCUGCCAAAACUAUUGAGGAACUUACUGAAAAUCUAAAUAAUGACCUGAAAAAAGUUG